AUGGCUUCCAAAUGCUCUGAUAGCUCAACGGCUAAUCUGAGAUCCCCGUCUGAAAUCCCCUUAAAGUAUCGGCACAUCUUCUCCCAAUACGAGACAUUCAACCAGGUCCAAUCAAAAGUCCUAGACAAAGUCCUUUAUUCAAAUGAUCCAAUCGUCAUCAGCGCUCCAACUGGAUCCGGAAAAACUGCAAUUUUCGAACUGGCCAUCCUUCGCCUCUUGCUAAAAAUGGAAGAUCUCGACUACACCGAUGACUUCAAAAUCAUCUACGUGGCUCCGGUGAAAGCCCUCUGCAUGGAGAAAUUCACAGAUUGGCGUGAGAAGUUCGAACCCGUGGGGGUAAAAUGCCUGGAAGCGACGGGAGACAGUGAAGUUGGGGAUUUUAGUUGCUUGGUGUCUGCGAAACUGGUGGUCACCACACCAGAAAAGUGGGACUCACUCACCAGGAAGUGGAGAGACGCAGAAAGUAUGAUGGAAGCGGUUAAAUUGUUCAUAAUUGACGAAGUUCAUCUGGUUAAUGAGGAUGUGAGAGGACCAACAUUGGAGGCGGUGGUUUCCAGGAUGAAAACUAUUCGGCACAUUAUGAAAACGAAAGGGGAGGAUGAAGACUUUGGAUUGAGGUUCAUUGCCGCUUCCGCGACUAUUCCAAAUAUUGAGGACGUUGCCGCUUGGUUGGAAUCACUGCGACCUGUAAAAUUGCAAAAACAUGUAAUUGGUUUCAACUCUUCAGCCCAAGGAUUUCGAUUUGAUAUGAAUUUGAACUACAAAUUGGCCGCCAUCGUACGAAGAUAUUCCAACGAUAAACCAACAUUGAUAUUCUGCAGCAGUCGAAAGUCUGUAGAAAUGGCAAGUAAAGUACUUGCAGACGAGUCCUCUUUAGUUUCGUUAGGCGACAGUCGCAAGUUCGAGCUGCAACAGGUAUCGAGAAGCAUCCAAGAUUCCAAAUUGAAACAAUUGGUAAUGAAGGGCAUUGCUUAUCACCAUGCCGGAUUAAGCUAUCAAGACCGUGCCAUCAUCGAAGAUGCCUUCCGGAAGUCAGUCAUUGUUGUGCUCGUUUGCACAAACACCUUAGCAAUGGGAGUUAAUUUUCCAGCUCAUUUGGUGAUAAUUAAGUCAACAGAGAGUUACGUUUGUGGGAAAUCGCAAGAGUACACUGAAAGCGCGAUUCUUCAGAUGAUUGGCCGAGCUGGAAGACCACAGUACGAUCUGACCGGUGUAGCUGUUAUAAUGACGCAGCAGAAAAACGUGAAAAAAUACGAAAACCUGGUGAAUGGCUGCACACCAAUUGAAUCACAUCUUCAUAAAUAUCUUGCUGAACAUCUUAAUUCUGAGAUUGUUCUUCAAACUGUUACCGACCUUACGAUUGCGAUGAAAUGGAUUCGAUCUACGUUUUUAUAUGUUCGAGCUGUUAAAUGUCCUCAACAUUAUGGUUUUGCAGACAGGAUGGCACAAGAAGAUGUGGAGAAGAAACUGGAAGAAAUAGUUGUCUCUCAAACGGAUGCCCUGGAGCGAUGCGGAUUGGUUGUAAAAGACCAGACCUUUGGAUUUUCCAUUGCUUCCACCAAUAUUGGAAGGCUUAUGGCAAGAUAUUAUGUGCCGUUUGAAAGCAUAAGAAUAUUUUGGCAAUUACAAGGGGAUGAAUCAUUUCUAGAUGUCUUCAACACAAUCAUAUCUUGCAGAGAUUUUUCUGAAUUUACGUUGCGAGUGAGUGAUAAAAAGAUCCUGAAUGGAAUAAACAAUCAUCCUAUACGCUUUCCAAUAAAAGGAAAAAUUAAGUCAAGUCAGAAUAAGAUUUCAUGUUUAAUUCAGGCAGUAUUUGAUAAUAUCCACAUCCAAGAUCCUUCCAUGAUGCAAGAUGCUCACCGGAUGGUUCGUAUCGGGGAAAAAUUGUCAAAAUGUCUCUCUGAAUAUAUUCGUCUAUCCGGAGAUAAUUUUUGUGGAAAAAUCUACAAAACCUUUACACAUUCUAUAAUUCUUUCAAAAUGUUUCAAGGCAAAGUUAUGGAAUAAUACUCCAUUUGUUAGUAAGCAGCUAAAAAAUAUUGGGCCAGUAUAUUCCGCGCUGCUUGUUAAUGCCGGAAAAACUACAAUCCAGUCCAUUCGUGAGACUGACCCAAGGCGGAUUGAAAUGAUUCUAGGAAAAGCUCCUCCUUUUGGUGAUCAAAUCAUUGAAAUGGCAUCCGCACUUCCUCAAUAUGAUAUGAAGCUGAUCAGGAAAAGUGACAACUAUCUGGAAAUCACGGUGGAGCAGAAAAAUGAGAAGUUUCAUUAUGAAGGGUUAAACGCUUUGAUUGUGGUGGGUGAUGCUGAUAACAAUUUGCUUUUCUUCAAUGCAAAAGUGUGA